AUGGCGAAUCGAGGCGGGAAAUUGGAACGGAAGAAGACGAUGGCGAUGAAUUGGGCGGGAUUGGGCGAGGUUGAAGACGACGACGAUCACUUUUUCGAGACCUCUAAUCGGAUCUCAACCGUCGUACCUAUGGAUUUAGCUUCAUCUUCCGACGAAGAAGGUGAGUUCGACGAUUGCCGGAUCUCGUUUUCCUCCAACGUAUCUUCCUCCUCUCGCGCUGCUCCUCCGCCGGAUAUGUCGCCGGAUUAUGAUAUCUGGAUGUCGGCGCCGGGAUCUAUCACGGAGCGUCGUCGUCGGCUUUUAAACGGAAUGGGGCUCGAAUCUAAGAAGAGUAUGCUCGGAGCUAUCUCGAUCCAGCGCGUGAGCAAACCUACGGCCGUAGAGUGCGGAGGUGGUUCUCGAGUUGUGGAAGGAGGAGGAGUAACGGAAGCGAAGGUGGAGGAGCGUGAUCAGAAUUCUCCGGUGGAUCAACAGGUUAAUCGAUCUCCACCAUCGAUGUCGGUUUUGCUUGUACGGUCCAGAUCUGAUUCCGAUAUCGAAGCUUCUUCCGCUGAGAAAAAGAGGAAAGAUGAAAUGUUAGGGAAAACGUCGAAAUCGCGUCUCACUAGAACCGCGUCUGCGAUUGGGGCUCAUUGUGCGAGAAUCUGUCCGUAUUUCACACCAACGCGAGCUUCGCCGCCGGACGCACAAAACGGUCAUAUUCAAGGUCAGAAGAAUGGCGUUUUGCUCUCUUCGGUAGUUUCAAAGACGCGUUUCAGUGCUUUUUUCCUGAUUAAGAAUCUCGAUACUGGUAAAGAGUUUAUCGUGAAGGAGUAUGGUGAGAACGGAAUGUGGAAUCGACUUAGUGAUUUGCAAACAGGUAAACAAUUGACAAUGGAAGAAUUUGAGAAAAGCGUUGGAUAUUCAUCUGUUGUUAAGGAUCUUAUGCGACGAGAAAACGCGAAUACCGCGAUUGAUUUUAGGAAAUUCCCUUCGUAUGUGUCGAAAAGCUUGAGAGUUAGUAAGAAGAGAGGAGCUGCAUUGUUAAAGAACAUUAAAGACGUUGCACAUUCUAUGAGCUCUAAGGUUUCAGAGAAGGAUUCAAGUGGUAGUGGUACGAGUAGUCCGAGAACAGUGGAUCAAAAGCAGGAGAAGAACAAUGACCAAACGAAUCAAUGGGUGAAAGUGAGACAUUCUGGGAAGUCUCAUAAAGAUUUAAGUGCUUUACAUUUGUGUCAAGAGAUUCAAGCUCAUAAAGGAUCUAUUUGGACUAUGAAAUUUAGUCCAGACACACAUUUACUAGCAAGUGCAGGGGAAGAUCGUGCAAUUCAUGUGUGGGAGGUACAAGAAUGUGAAAUCAUGUCAAUGAAUGAAGGGAGCUUGACACCGAUUCAUCCUUCAAUGUCUGGUUCCACGGAUAAAUCGCCUGCGGAAGGUGAAGCUGUAGAAGUACAACCUGAUAAGAAGAAAAAAGGGAAAGCUUCAUCAUCGAGUCGAAAGGCAAACCAGAUCCCAGAUUAUGUUCAUGCACCUGAAACUGUGUUCUCGUUAUCAGAUAAACCAAUUUGCUCUUUCAGUGGUCACUUGGAUGAUGUUCUGGACUUAUCGUGGUCUCGGUCACAGCUAUUGCUUUCAUCUUCCAUGGACAAAACCGUGCGGUUAUGGGAUAUUGAAACUCAAAGCUGUCUAAAACUAUUUGCACACAAUGACUAUGUUACUUGUGUACAAUUCAAUCCACUAGAUGAAGAUUACUUCAUAAGUGGCUCCCUUGAUGCCAAAAUCCGUAUAUGGAACAUAUCAAAUCGUCAAGUAGUGGAGUGGAAUGAUCUAAAUGAAAUGGUUACCGCGGUUUGUUAUACUCCCGAUGGUCAGGGUGCAUUUGUUGGUUCACAUAAAGGGAAUUGUCGGCUUUACAGUGCAGAGGAUUGCAAGUUGGAUCAAACAAACCAUAUCGAUCUGCAAAACAGAAAGAAAGCUCAAGCUAAAAAGAUCACAGCUUUCCAGUUUUCGCCGAUUAAUCCAUCAGAAGUGCUUGUAACUUCUGCUGAUUCACGCAUUCGGAUUCUUGACGGUACUGAACUAAUUCAAAAGUUCAGAGGCUUCAAAAACACAAGCAGCCAAAUGACAGCAUCUUACACGCUAGAUGCAAAACACAUUGUUUGCGCAAGCGAAGACUCACAGGUUUACGUGUGGAAACACGAGGAGCCACGACUAGGAAUCACCGGUAGAAAAACCGUAGCCAUGUGUACUUCUUACGAAACCUUCCCCUGCAAAGACGUUUCUGUCGCGAUCCCGUGGCACGGUGUAGUAAAAGGCGAACUACCACCCACACAAUCAAAAAAGAACCCGAAAAAAUCCUCAACUACUGUUACUACACCGGAAAACGCAACCACGGGUAAAAAACCCGGUCUCCCACCAUUACCUAAGAAAAACAAUGACAACACCGCGGAUGGAGCAACAGAACAACAUCAAGAAGAUGAAACCGCGACGCAUAUUCCGCAAAAUGAAACAGAGAACACAGGAGAAUCAUUAAAACCCGGGGAUUCGCCUUCUAUAUCGAUCUCAUCUCGGAUUUCUUCUUGGUCUUGGUUUGAUAGUAGCGGGAGUCAUGGAGCGCAUGCGGUUCAGCCAACGGCUUGGGGAAUGGUGAUCGUUACAGCCACGCUAGGUGGCCAAAUCCGGGCUUACCAGAAUUUUGGAUUGCCCCGCAGAGUCGGCCGUCAAGGCUCUCUAUUUUCACAUAACAGCGCGUAA